AUGAUAAGAAAUUUAAAAAAUUUAAAUUUAGUUGGAAAUAGAUUUUAUAGUAGUGGUGAAAUUAAACAUACAACAAUUGUUAGUAAUGGAUUUGGUGGUAUGUUAAAUAUUUUAGGUGAGAAUCAACAUGUUACAUUUAAUAAGAUUGAAUAUAAUGCAGAUGGUGAUUAUGCAAUUUGUAAACAUCAAGUUGAGAAUAAACCAUUCGAACCAACAAUUGUAAGCAAAAAAGUAUUUGAAAGUAGAUUAACAGAUGCUCAAAUUGGAGAGAUUCAAAAACUUCGUUCAACCAAUUCACAAAAACAAUUAGCAGAGAAAUUCCAAACUACACCAUAUAUCAUUUCACGUGUUUCAAGAGGUACACCAGAGAAACGUCAAUCAUUGAUCGAUCAAUUCCUAUUGAAGAAUCCAAAAAAGAUCGUAGAUAGUGAAGAUGUUAAAAAGAAUCGUUUACAAGAUUGGUUCCAACGUAAUCAACAAAGAGAAUACGAACAAAAGGUUAUCAAAGCUGCUACUUCUUUUGAACGUAUUAAAAGACAAAGACAUUCACUCAAUGCUCAUAAUCAACGUAUUCAUAAAGAAUCUUAUGAAUUUGUUCAAAAAUCUCAAAUCUCUGAAUCUGAAGAAAAUCAACCAAGAGUUUUCACAAUGGAAGAAAAGAGAGCAAAAGAAAAAGAAUUAUCAAAACUUCGUCGUAGAAAAGUUACAACUGAAAAAGAUAAAAUAAAUGAAAGUAAUCAACGUAUUAAAAAUAAAACUGAGAGAAAGAUUCAAAGAGAAGAACAAGGAAAUAAUUAA